AUGGUUUUCAUUUCGUGUUUAAGAUCUGCGGUAGUGAAAAUUCACCGACCUGUUAGAUUUCAUUUAUAUUUUUCAACGAGAUAUCUACUUACCUCAUCCAAAUCGCCCGCACUGUCCGUCCCAAUCAGUCAGACAACAACUCAAGCUGGAUCAGUUGUGGGUCGGUGGCUCUUGGGUCUUUCUGGUAUGACUUUCGGUGCUAUUUUUCUGGGUGGAGUUACAAGAUUGACCGAAUCCGGUCUCUCAAUGGUCGAAUGGCAUCCGUUUAAAGAGGUACCUCCUUUAAAUGAAGAACAUUGGCAAUUAGAAUUCGAAAAGUACAAGAAGUUUCCGGAACACGAACAUUAUGUGAAGGAGCAUGGAGAAAUGUCAAUCACUCAGUUUAAGUUUAUAUGGUAUAUGGAGUUUAUUCAUCGAAUGUGGGGUCGGACCAUCGGUGGCGCUUUUGUCUUGCCGGCAGCUUAUUUCUUCUACAAGGGUUACUUAUCUUCAGCAAUGAAGUCUCGCGUUUUUAUUUAUGGUGGACUAAUUGGUUUCCAGGGUGUUUUGGGCUGGCUUAUGGUACGAAGUGGUCUAAAAGAACCUAGAAGACCAGCGGGACUUUCACCAAAUGAAAAUUAUAUUGGCGUUCCGCGUGUGGAUCAUUAUUGGCUUUGUGCUCACUUGGCUUCAGCAAUUGUUCUGUAUUCAUUACUAUUGUGGGGUAGCUUUAGCCAUUUAGCUUCCCAUUCUUUAGUUAAACCAUUCAGUGGCAUAAAACGACUUAAAGCAUAUGGUCAUAUGGGGAAAGCUCUGACAUUUGCGACCAUAAUUUAUGGUGCCUUUGUGGCUGGUCUCGAUGCUGGAUUAAUAUAUAAUUCGUGGCCGAAAAUGGCAGAUAAAUGGAUUCCUGAUGAUCUGGUUGUUUCUCGAUAUGGUUCUACUUUAAAAAACUUUUUGGACAAUCCAACUGCAGUUCAAUUUACGCAUAGAAUGCUAGCUUACACAACAGUGUUUACUACGGGAUUAUUGUGGGCAAAUGUUAUGCGCUUAGGUGUAGCAUGUACAGGACCACGUAUUAGGAAUGCUGCACAUUUAGUUCUAGGUGCUGCAUUGGGACAGUCACUUCUUGGUAUAACAACUUUAUUAUAUUACGUACCGGUUUCAUUAGCUUCAUUGCAUCAAUGUGGUGGUGUUGUCCUACUUUCAUCCCUACUUUGGUUUACACAUUGUUUACGUGCUGUUCCAAAAUAA